CUGCCCCAGCAUGGGGCGGGCUCCGGGAACUGCCAUUCGGCAGGCUGUGCUCCCGCAGCUGCCCGGGGAUUCUGCCUAAUUCUUCCUCCCCAGCCGGUGCAGCGAGGACCGGAGAGCGGUGGAGGCCCGGACUGCAGCAGCGGCGGGGCCACCUCCCAGCAUCCCCACCCUAGGAGGCUGCAUGCAGAUUGAAGAACGGCGCCUCGGGGCUGGGCUGAACCCGCUGAUCUGGACCUAGGGAGGACAGCAGGACCUCCCAGGCUGCAGAGGGGGCCUGGGGGCAGGAAGGACAGAGCAGCAAGAUGGCCAGUAAAACCAAAGCCAGCGAGGCCCUGAAGGUGGUGGCCCGGUGCCGCCCCCUCAGCCGGAAGGAGGAGGCUGCUGGUCACGAGCAGAUCCUGACCAUGGACGUGAAACUGGGCCAGGUGACCCUGCGGAACCCCCGCGCUGCCCUAGGGGAGCUGCCCAAGACCUUCACCUUUGAUGCCGUGUAUGAUGCCAGUUCCAAGCAGGCAGACUUGUAUGAUGAAACCGUGAGGCCCCUGGUAGACUCAGUGCUUCAAGGUUUCAAUGGCACCGUGUUUGCCUAUGGACAGACUGGCACAGGCAAGACCUACACUAUGCAGGGAACCUGGGUGGAGCCCGAGCUGCGCGGGGUCAUCCCCAAUGCCUUUGAGCAUAUUUUCACUCACAUCUCACGCUCCCAGAACCAGCAGUACUUGGUCCGGGCUUCCUACCUGGAGAUCUACCAGGAGGAGAUUCGAGACCUGCUCUCCAAGGAGCCUGGCAAAAGGCUAGAGCUGAAGGAGAACCCGGAGACAGGCGUCUAUAUCAAGGACCUCUCCUCCUUCGUCACCAAGAAUGUCAAGGAGAUCGAGCACGUGAUGAACCUGGGGAACCAGACCCGGGCGGUGGGUAGCACACACAUGAAUGAGGUCAGCUCCCGCUCCCAUGCCAUCUUUGUCAUCACCGUGGAGUGCAGUGAGCGUGGCUUAGAUGGCCAGGACCACAUCCGCGUGGGCAAGCUCAACCUGGUGGACCUGGCUGGCAGCGAGAGGCAGAACAAGGCAGGCUCCAACACAGCUGGCGGGACAGUCACACAGUCCACGGGUGGUGGCAGUGGCGGAGGCAGUGGCAGUGGUGGAGAGAGGCCUAAGGAAGCCUCCAAAAUCAACCUCUCUCUGUCUGCCCUGGGCAACGUGAUUGCUGCUCUGGCAGGCAGCAGGAGCACCCACAUCCCCUACCGGGACUCCAAGCUGACCCGGCUGCUCCAGGACUCUCUGGGGGGGAAUGCCAAGACCAUCAUGGUGGCCACUCUCGGGCCAGCCUCUCACAGCUACGAUGAGAGCCUCUCCACCCUGCGCUUUGCCAACCGGGCCAAGAACAUCAAGAACAAGCCCCGGGUGAAUGAGGAUCCCAAGGACACGCUGCUGCGGGAAUUCCAGGAGGAGAUCGCCCGCCUGAAGGCCCAGCUGGAGAAGAGGGGGAUGCUGGGAAAGCGGCUCCGGAGGAAGAGCAGCCGCAGGAAGAAGGCCGUGUCAGCCCCGGCCGGGUACCCUGAGGGCCCAGUGAUUGAGGCCUGGGUGGCAGAAGAGGAGGAUGACAACAACAACAACCACCGCCCGCCCCAGCCCAUCCUGGAGUCGGCCUUGGACAAGAACAUGGAGAAUUACCUUCAGGAGCAGAAGGAGCGGCUGGAAGAGGAGAAGGCGGCCAUCCAGGAUGACCGCAGCCUGGUGAGCGAGGAGAAGCAGAAACUCCUGGAGGAGAAGGAGAAGAUGCUGGAAGAUCUGCGCCGGGAGCAGCAGGCCACAGAGCUGCUCGCAGCCAAGUACAAGGCCAUGGAGAGCAAGCUGCUCAUUGGGGGCAGGAACAUCAUGGACCACACCAACGAGCAGCAGAAGAUGUUGGAACUGAGGAGGCAGGAGAUUGCCGAGCAGAAACGCCGCGAGCGGGAAAUGCAGCAGGAGAUGUUGCUCCGGGACGAGGAGACCAUGGAGCUCCGUGGCACCUACACGUCCCUGCAGCAGGAAGUGGAGGUCAAAACCAAGAAACUCAAGAAGCUCUACGCCAAGCUGCAGGCGGUGAAGGCGGAGAUCCAGGACCAGCAUGACGAGUACAUCCGCGUGCGACAGGACCUGGAGGAGGCGCAGAACGAGCAGACCCGGGAACUCAAGCUCAAGUAGGGCCCCCCAUCCGCCAUCUGGGGCCCUCACAACCAUCCCUUGGGCCCUGGGCCUCUCCCUUCCAGGCUCCUCUCCUUCCUGAAGGCUUUGUUCUGACUGUCUACUGGGCCAUAUGUCUGCAUACCUCAGGAAUAGAGUGUGUCUGAGGGAUGGAGGGGCGGCCAUCUGGAGUUUCUCCUGCCUCCUCUGUUUCCUCCUGCCUCUCCCUUCAUUUGAUGAACCCCGAAAAGUGCAUGCUGGGUGCUGCCCCCAAAUACCUCCUAAAGCCCUAGCCUAUGUUCUUUGCGUUAGAAACCAUGACUUUCAAGCUCUGUUGUUUCCAUUGGGAUCCCCUCCUCCCAGCUUUUUGGUGUCUCCGCCUUCUUUGUUCCUUCUGCCUCUCUGCUUCUUGCUUCUCAUCUUUCAACCUUCA